CUUUUCGAAGAGGGUGCUUUUCUGGACGCGCGUCUGUUGUUCACAUUAGUGCAUCUCAGUAGUUUUCUCUCUGCGCGAUUCCUGGACUCAGCAGUUCGACAGACCUUUUGUUAUUGAACUGAAGGUUCUACCAGAUCGCGAAAUUUAGAAGAGUUUGUAAGCAAAGUUUAGUGUUGAAUCUAAUCGGAGUGGUGUCAAGUUGUGAUUCGCUUCCAUCGAAAUUGAAAGUGCUCGGCUCUCUGUGGCUUCGUAAAGAUGUCCUCCUUGUCGCAAGUGCAGCAGCAGCAGCAACAACAACAGCAGCAAUCACCUUAUGGUCAUAUUAACAAUAACACAAGCCUCAAUAGCAACAACAGCAGCCACAACAUUCAGCCCGAAUAUGACGAAUUUGAGGAAGGUGAAAACGAACAGGAUGUUUACGACGAGGGAGCGCUGCUAGUUGAGGAUGACAACGUCGAGGAUAGCGAAGAGGAUACGGAAGAAGCAAGCGAGACGGAGAUGGGGUCCGGUAGCAACCACCGUAACAUGGAUGAACCAAUCGAAAUCAAGGAACAAAUGUAUCAAGACAAGCUGGCAACAUUGAAGAAACAGCUUGAGGAGCUGCGCUCCGGCACUCAUCCGGAAUACGUGAGGCGCGUUAAGAAACUCGAGCAGCAGUGCAACGAGCGCAUCCGGUUGAACGAAAUCUAUCGAGAGUACCUUAUCAAUUGCGUUGAGCGCGAUUACAUCCUGGAGAAAAAUGCAGCCGUCAAAGAGUAUGAGGAGAAAAAGAUCGAUUUGCGGGAAAAUUUGAUAACCGACUUCGAGGAUCGACGCAAGAUGAUCGAGACUGAACGAGCCACGAUGGAGCUGACGGGCGAUUCGGUUGAUGUGAAGCCAACGGUGACGCGAAAGUUGCGUAGGAGACCAAAUGAACCCCUUCCCGUGCCCGAGAAACGUCGAAAGCCCACAACCGGGCAGUUGGUGCUAUUGCUGGACGAAAAGGAGGUUGAGAACGAUCUCAAACUGAUCAGUCGAGGAAAGGCAGUCCAGGUGGUGCGUCCCCACACAAUCAGCACUUCCAGUACCGGCAAUGGAAGCUCGAGUCACAACACAAACAACGCAGCACCGUUGACGAAUCUGUCUUCGACUCAUACCAAUAACUAUCAGCUAAACAAUUGCACCGGAGGAACGUCCAACUCGAAUGACACUGGCGUGCCUCCGUCACCUUCUCCAACAGUAUCUCUCCAGCAAAAUCAGACCGUUUCUCACUCGGUUGCAAACAAUCUUCAUACCGGUGGCCAGAGUCAGGCAAAUAAUCAAAAUCAAAACAGUCAUCAGACGCAACAGCAGCAGCAGCCGCCGCCACCACCACCUCCACCGGUGCCGCAGUCCAACAAUCAAUCCCCAUCAAACAGCAUCCAGCAGCAGCAGCAGCAGCAACAAUCAGCGCAACCACUUGUCGAAACCAAGAUCGAGGACGGGAAGUUACUGUACGAACGCCGUUGGUUCCACCGGGGACAACCCGUUUACGUUGAAGGUAAGGACAUUCCACGCUUUUCGGCCAAUAUUUCCGCCAUCGGCAGCGAAGCGAUUUGGGUGAAGAAAACCUCCGACGGGCAGAAGGUACGCAUCUUCACCAACCAGCUCAGCCGGGGCAAGGUGUCGAUCAAGCGUCGUGCCAACUGAGCGGCGGCGGCAGCGGCCUCAACUUGAUCUGGGUGUUCGAACGCGGUACAAUUUCAGGCUUUGAGUUGUACUUUUAUCUGCUAAACUAUCUUACAAUUGGAUCUCAUUUCAUUUCAUUUCGGGAUCAUUUUUUUCAUUUCUAGCAACAUUGAGGUUGAAUUAGAAUUUUCGAUUCGCAGUUCCAAUCUGAAAAUGAUCACACAAUAGUUAGCAUUGUACAUGGAAGGAAAUUACCCUCUGAACACAGUCGUACCCACAUUUAAGCAGUUCCAAUGUUGCCGCGGAAUGGCAAAUCAACAGAGAAAAAAAAACCAUAGAAAGAUGCUUCAAACCAACAGGCGAGAACGAAGUGUUUCCUAUUUUUCGCGGAAACCAAGGUAAACCGAGAGAGAGAAUGAAAAAAACAGUAAAAACAUUGAAGCAUUUCCAAAAUUCGCGGAAAGGCAAACAAAGAGAAGAAAAAAAACGAUGAUGUGAAGUGAUGUUUCAAGACAACAACUAGUUAUAUUAUUACCAGAGAAAGAGAGAUUCGAGUAUGAAUUAUACGAUGAGAAUAACACUUUGCCUAUGCGCGCGCUUGUCAAUGAAUCGAAUGGAAAUGAAUGUUUUCUAAAGGUUUACCACAA